ACAGAACAUGACAUCUGGACAGAAUUCUGAGGAGAGAGAGCAAGAAAUCAUACUGAUACACAUCAUCAAAACUAUCAGGUCGCUUGCAGAAGCUUACAGAAAAUAUUUUUCAGAAAGGAACAGAUCCUGCAGGAUCCUGCAGCCCCACAUAUGGAUGGAAAUAUAACCUCAGCCCUAUUCCUCAAAAAUCACAGCCACAUCAACAGCAGCUGCUCCCGUAAUAACUUUUUUAAGAUGAUUAUUUUACCUGUUUUGUACUCCUGUCUUUUUCUGGUGGGACUCGCUCUUAAUUCUGUGGCAGUGUGGGUGUUUUUUCGCAUCCCAUCUCGGUCUCACUUCAUUAUUUACCUGAAGAAUAUUGUUGUUGCAGACGUCGUCAUGACACUGACGUUCCCCUUCAAGGUGCUGUCUGACUCCAACAUGGCGCCAUCUUACAUGAGGAUUUUUGUAUGUCGAGUCUCCUCUGUGUUGUUUUACCUCACAAUGUACAUCAGCAUUCUUUUCUUUGGGCUCAUCAGCAUCGAUCGCUGCAGAAAGACCCUGAUGCCGUUCAAGGGCACUAACUCUGCUCGGCUGACCCGCAGGAAACUCCUCUCAUGUGCUAUCUGGAGCUUUCUGCUGAUCCUUUGUCUGCCGAAUGUGAUUCUUACACAAAAAAUUCCAACUUCUUCACAUUUCAAGUGCAGUGACCUCAAGACAGAAGCUGGGCUCUUUUGGCAUGAGGUGGUAAAUCAUAUCUGUCAAGUAAUUUUCUGGGGGAACUUUAUUACUGUAAUAAUAUGUUACACUCUAAUUUCCAAAGAACUGUACAAAUCCUACUCCCGCACUAAAUCCCACAGCACGGAAGGAACAAUAUCAUUAGCCACAAGAAGAGAAACAAAUCGGAAGUCUCCCCAAGCCAAGAGAAAAAUGAAUGCAAAUGUAUUCCUGGUGCUAGCAGUGUUCUUUGUGUGCUUUGUACCAUUUCACUUUGCCCGAACUCCUUACACAAUAAGCCAGACCAGAGGGGUUCUCUUUGAUUGCAAGCUCAGGCUUUUUUUUUUCCAGCUAAAGGAAAGCACACUUUUCCUCUCUUCCCUAAAUGCCAUACUGGACCCUCUGAUCUACUUUUUCCUCUGUCGAUCCUUCAGGACCACUUUGUUCAAGACCCUGCGUCUACCUCCUGGUAUCUGCAGCUGGUUAACAGAAAGAGGGUCAGAUACAGAUACAGUCAGAGACUCAUCUGCAGCUACAUAAAACCACUGCAGUACUGAAAAUUUUAACUUUAUGUUAACAGACUGCAGGGCCCUUUAAAAUGUUCUCUUGCUGAGAAAUAGAUCACAGUUAACAUUGGGACACGAGAAGAUGUAUGGUUUGUAGAAGAAAAAGAAAUAUAACCAAUUAUAAUAUAACCAUACUAUAUGUAACCAAAGGCAUCCAAAAGUAUAAUAAUUUACACUUUCUGGCUUUGGGUUUUUCCUGAAAAAGGAUGCAUUGGGCAUAUCAAUUUCAGUUCCCUCUUCCUAUUUAUAACAAACAAGAAGUUUCUCUUCAUAAGAAAUAAGAAGUGUAUCUUUUAUUGUGUCAUACUAACUAAUAAUCAAUAGAACAAAUGUGAAGCUCAUUUUAAGGUGUGUGCAUAUGUGUCUUAUAUAAGUGCACUCUUGUGAGUCACAUAUUUCAGAUUUGUGUUUAUAAAUCAUAUUUUGUGUCUUCUUAAGUUCUAAUAUUCAUAUAUCAUAUAUAUUUUUUGUUUUCUGUGUGAGUUGUGUCACCAAAAGUGAGCCUUUUGUUGAUUUUCCAAAAUAUUUUAUUAAACAUCGAAGAAAUUAAAAGUGGUCAGAAUCCA